AUGAGUGAACUUUUAGCGAAACAGCACGCGUUGUUUCAUUCAAUCUCACGGUCACUCGACAAUUUUCGAAAGGUCGGGAAAAACAAUUAUACACCCGCAAAAAUACGGUCGCGAGUGUCCGCCCUAAAAGAAACUUGGGCUCAGUGCAUUGAGACACAUUCAUCCUUGAUGCAAGCCGUGCCAGAAGCAAAGAGGGAGUCGGUCGACUACUUCCGGAGUCAGCUUUUCGACAUGCACGAAGACGUUUAUCAGGAGACCCUGGACUACAUGGCGGAGCGCCUCGAGGAGAUCGAACCGCCGAUGACUUCCAACUCGGCAAAUCAUCGCAACAGUGGGUCUCCGUCGGCCUUUUCGCUGUCUCAUUUGCCACCCAUCAGCAUUCCACCGUUUUCGGGCAAGUACGACGAAUGGGAAAACCUCGAUCGCUUCAUCGCCUCUCGCGCUCGCGCUCUCGAGGAAUUGGCGCCUCCAAGCGCGACGAAACUCGCACGGUCGCAAAAGGCAACGAGCGCGACGGCGUCCGCAACGUCUGCAAUCUCGUGCCCACUGUGCAAAUCGGCUCAUUUUAUAAACAAGUGUCCGCAGUUUAUCAAAAAAAGCCCGACUCAACGUGCGGAAAUUAUCAAAAGCAGCAACCGUUGCAUAAACUGCUUGAGCACCAAACACGCGGUAAAAUCGUGCCCCAGGGUGUACGCCUGUCGCACGUGUCAGCGAAAGCAUCACUCGAUGUUACAUCUCAAUGCGGAUUCUCCAUCAAUCGAAGCAGCCAGCCCGCUCGACUCCGAUGCGCAAGCAAAGACCGCUGAUACUGCGGCUGGCACUGCAUUAAAUAUGACGACAAUAACUUUUUCGCGACCUCACGUGCUGCUAGCGACCGCUAAAGUCCAGGCUCGGACAGUAUCAGGUCGUGCCAUCGUCGUUCGAGCAUUAAUCGAUCAAGGCUCGGAAAUAACCUUUAUGACCAAACGACUUGCGCGGCUCCUGAAAGUGCGCCGCGUUCGCGCGCCGGUUGCCAUUUCCGGCGUCGGAGGCAUCGACGCUGGCACUUGUUGUUACGCCGCCAACAUUAUUCUUUCUCCUUGCGACAACUCGAAGCCGGUCCUCGAGAUUUGCGCGUCUAUAUUAAAGUCGCUUACGAGCUACGCACCGUCACCUGCAGUCUCUCCCGUCAAUUGGGAUCAUCUCGCGGAUCUUUCCCUAGCGGAUCCGGAUCUCCUCAGCGCAGAUCCAAUUGAUCUUCUUUUAGGCGCCGAUCUUUAUAGUAAUCUGAUUCUCGAGGGCGUGCAAAAGGGCAAAAGCGGCCAACCUGUGGCGCAAAAGACCGUCUUUGGAUGGAUCAUCUCGGGCUCGACGGCGACUCGUAAGGCCUCACGUAACGUCACCGUCCUGUAUUGCGCAAACAAUCCAUCACUCGACCAGCUUCUCCAGAAUUUUUGGGAGAUCGAGGAGCUGCCGCGACAGACACUAUUCAGCCCCGAGGAGCAGCAGUGCGAGGAGCAUUUUGCGUCGACACAUUCGCGCGAUUCGAACGGUUGGUACAUCGUGCGUCUCCCAUUCAAGCGAGGCCCUCCGAUCGAAAUUGGAAGCUCGCACGGGACCGCCAAACGCCUUUUGCAAGGAUUGCAGCGACGCUUCAAUGGACAUCCGCAAUUAAAAACGGAAUAUAGCGACUUUCUUAGCGAGUAUAAGCAAAUGGGACACAUGCGAACAAUAUCGUCUCCCGGGCCCGACUCGGCGCAAUGCGUCUACAUUCCGCAUCAUCCGGUCAUUCGCGAGAGCAGCGUUACCACGCAUUUGCGCGUCGUUUUUAACGCCUCGAGUCGCACUAGUGAUGGAUCGUCGCUAAAUGAUCAUUUGCUCGCGGGUCCGAAAUUACAGACCGACUUAGCCGCUGUAAUUCUACGAUGGAAACAGUUUUGCUACGUUUACGCUGCCGAUAUCGCUAAAAUGUAUCGCCAAAUACGGGUAGAUCCUCGCGACGUCGACUACCAGCGAAUCUUGUGGUUUCGUGAUGACGACCAGAGUGUUCAAGCAUAUCAGCUGCUUACGGUGACAUACGGUACGGCGUCGGCUCUAUUUUUAGCACUUUGCGUGCUUCGUCAGCUCGCUCAAGACGAAGGAGAUGCGUUUUUCUUGGCUGUCUCAGUGCUCCAAGAUCACAUCUACGUCGAUGUCCUCUUCGGGGCGGACGACAGCUUAAACGAUGCUUAA